UUCACAAAGCGAAGGUGAAUUGUGCAAUGCCUCGAUACAAAGACGAGCCUCCUGCAGUCCGUGUUUACACUGUUUGCGAUGAAUCCAAAUAUUUGAUUGUGAGGAAUGUUCCGGCGUUGGGUUGUGGUGAUCAGCUCUCUCAACUAUUCUCCACUUACGGAGAAAUUGAAGAAUGUAAACCAAUGGAUGCUGAAGAUUGUGAGCCAUUUACAGACGUCUUCUGGAUCAGGUUUUGCCGGGUUGACAAUGCCAGAUUUGCCAAAAGGAAACUGGACGAGUCUGUUUUCCUAGGAAAAAAACUACAGGUUUCUUAUGCACCUCAAUUUGAGAGUCUGCACGAGACGAAGGAGAAGUUAGAAGCAAGGAGAAAGGAGGUUUUAGCACGAUUAAACCCUGGAAGGUCGAAAGGAUCUGCCACAUAUCGGCCAGAUAUGAUUGGUGGGCCCUCAAUAACUCCCUCUCCAGCCCAGUUGAAUUCUACCACACAAUCAAUUGGCUCUAAUAAUAGGCAGAGCUCGAGUUCUCAGUGUAAUUCUGUUCAUGACAUGCAGUGUUCUCCCAUAACAAUGGUUUCUUCAGACAAGGAAUACUUUCCUUCACAAUCUAUGAAUCAAACUGUUAAGCUGGUCAGAGAUAAACUAAAUAAGAUACAAUCCAGUGCGGACCAUUUAGAAGAACCAUCCAAGCGAAAACGAGUUGAUAAUAGGAGACGGAUAUAAAUCCUAUGCAGGUUUUGACAAGAGUAUAUGGCUAUGGAUUUAGUGUUCCCCCCAGAAUAUAUCAAAAUCUUUCUAUAGUUUCUUUUCCAUUCAGUAACACCACCUCUUCCUGGAAAAUCAUCCCUUGAUGCUGAAUCUGUAAACCAAUACUUUUUCUGGGUUCUAGUCCAUGGUAUCCAGAAUCUCUUCUGACUUCUUCACUAACUGGCCUCUGGGUAUCAACAAAAAUGAUGCCGUUCUUAUUUUAGCUCCCAAGUCUAUCCAAUUUCUUCUUUGUUUCUUCGAUGUUAUUACCAUAGAUUCAAUCACUAUAACUGAUAAUCCUAUGUAUACAGUUUUCAGAAUUUUCCAAGCAAGUUAAAGAUUGAAACCCAGGCUUAUUAUCACUGUUCCUGAAUUGCUUGAUAAGGUCAAUGGGUUUAAAUUGUGUAGUUUGCUUUUCUGUCACCAGAAAAAUUCUAAUUUGAGCGUUGCAACAUUUAAUGAUCUAGUUGAUAAAGCAGGGUACAUGAAUUGCGACAACUGUGGGAUAGAGCGAAGUGACAUUGCAGCA